GAUGAAAGGGAGGGAGAUGAGACAGGUGUAGCAGCAGGAGCCACAGAGGAGGACACCCCUGCUUUAUCCCCUCCACCGGCAGAGCCGCGCCAGGUUGCGCGGUACCACCGUGGCAUUUUGCCCCCGGGCGGCAACCCCAACACCCUUCUCCGCGGAGAAGACAAGAGCCAGUUGUGCAGAAGGAUCCUGUUGCCUGGAUACCCCUCGCUGUCGCCGCGGCGGCAAGACGCCAGGACUGAAGCGUGUGUGAGUGAAUGUGCGUUUGCAGCCGCUGCCAUGGGAAAAACACAGCUGGCUGAGUGUGUGAAUGGCUCCCUCACGCGCGCACUCGCCACCUCCUUCACUGACAUGCACGUAUGAAUAAGGGAGGAAUCACCCUCACACGGGGGCUCUGAGGAAAGGAGGUGGAGUGGGGGUGGGGGGGGUAGCUGUCCCCCCUGCUUUGGAUGAUGAAGAAAUCUGUUUGGUAAGAAGGGAAGAGCGAAGCCAGAGAGAUUACCUCACCAAGUGGAAGAGAGGAAGCGAGGGGAGGCGAGACCCUGAAAGAGAGGAGAGCCAAGGAAGGGAAAGGCUUUUGGUGGUAGGGGAGAAGCAACGAGUGGAGCUGGCUGGGUUUGCUCAGCGGGAAGGGGGGAGGUAGCAGCUAGCAGGCUGUGUGGAGCCAUGCAGAUCCAGUCUUCUGGUCCACAGUCCAAAGCCUCCAGCUUCCUCCUCAGUCAGAGAUGUGUGCUGUCCCCCAAAAUGGAAAUCCAUCGUGAACAGAGUAUCUGCCAGGCGCGAGCCGCCGUCAUGGUGUACGACGACGCCAAUAAGAAGUGGGUUCCUGCCGGUGGAUCCACCGGCUUCAGCAGAGUCCACAUCUACCACCACACAGGCAACAAUGCUUUCCGCGUGGUGGGACGCAAGAUCCAAGACCAUCAGGUGGUAAUAAACUGUGCAAUCCCCAAGGGUCUGAAGUACAACCAGGCUACGCAGACCUUCCACCAGUGGCGCGACUCGAGACAAGUCUAUGGCCUGAAUUUUGGCAGCAAGGAGGACGCCAAUGUAUUUGCCAGUGCCAUGAUGCACGCUCUGGAGGUGCUCAACUCCCAGGACUCUGGCCCCACAUUGCCGAGACAAAGCCCACAAGUUCAGAAUGGCCCCACACCAGAGGAGCUGGAGCUGCAGAGAAGGCAGCUUCAGGAGCUGCAGCGGCAGAAGGAGCUGGAGCGAGAGCGUCAAGAGAGGGAUCGACUGGAGCAGGAGCGCCAGGAGCAGGAGCGCCUGGAGCAAGAGAUGCUGGAGCGCGAGCAGGAGCGCGAGCGUCAGGAACACGAGCGACAGGAACGCGAGCGUCAGGAGAGGGAGGCGCAGGCGGAGAGGGAGCGGCUGGAGCGGGAGCGCCAGGAGCAGCAGGAGCGCAGCGAGCGUGAGCUGAUGGAGAGGGAGAAGGCGGAGAGAGAGCGGCUGGAGAAGGAGCAGCAGGAGCAGUUGGACAGAGAGCAGCAGGACUGGGAGAGAGGGAGACGCAUCUCGAAUGCUGCUUUCGAAAGCACCCUGUAUAGUCCCACGCCGCAGGAGUACAAUAGAACCCCCUCCGCACCCGUCUCUCCAUCCAUGCCCUCAUACCCAACUCCUGGGACUCCAUUGUCACCAUCCUCCUCUAACGCCACGCCCCCAACCCCGCCACUCAGGCACUCAGCCUCCAAAUUUGCCACUUCGCUCGGCUCGGCAUUCCACCCCGUCCUGCCUCACUACGCCACGGUCCCGAGGCGACAGCAGGCCGUACCGCAGGCUCCGCCCCCUGCUCCUGCACCUCCUGCUCCACCCAAGUCUGUGGUGUGGUCAGCGUGCAAUUUCACCCCACUUCCUCCGUCGCCCCCUGUCAUGAUAAGCAGUCCCCCAGGGAAGGCAGCCGGCCCGCGGCCACUCAUCCCAAUUGCAGCCCCUUCCCCUCUCACCCAGAAGCCUCCUUCGCCGUCCCCCAACGGCCCGCCCAUGUACCCCGCGCCUUCUCCCUUGACCAUCUCACACAGCCACGCCCCCCUCGGCAUCGCCUGUCCCACCCCGCCUCCGCCACCUACCCCGCCCCCUCUCCCUUCCCCUGUAGCUCCCUAUGCGUCCUCCACCUCGUCUCCCCCCUCCUCAUCCCAGGCUCCUGGUGUGCCCUCUCCCUCCACAGCGCCCCCUGCUGCUGCAGCCACUGCCGCCACCUCUGCCUCUGUUGAGCACCUCUCCCUCCCUGUGGGCCUGGGCCUGUCGGGGCCGGGGGAGCUGGACACAGCUGUGGGCUCAGAGCCCUACCCGCCUCAGGGGGGCUUCUCCUGUCAGCCCCAGGACGUGGUGCAGGCCCCGGGCUUGACCACCCCUACCCCUCCCCCACCCCCUCCACUGCCACCCAGCUCCACUGUGACCUCCGCCGUCCCCGCCGCCACCGCCCCCGCCCCCUCUCACCCACCACCACCCCCUCCUCCUCCUCUCCCCCCCACACUGACCCCUUGUGGGACGCCGCCCCCACCACCAGGUCCACCUCCUCCUCCCGGGAACCCGCCACCUCCCCCAGCACCUCCCCUUCCCGCCGGACUGUUCUCCCCUGCCGAGGACCGCCCCAUCUCGGGCCUGGCCGCCGCCCUCGCUGGAGCCAAGCUGCGCAAAGUGCCAAGGAGUGAUGAUGCUGGGGCAGCUCUGGCAGCAGCCUUGUCAGGAGCUAUAGGAGCUGCAGGAGCUGCAGGGGCCAAGACUGAAGCCAGAGGCAAUGGCCCUCUGCCCGGAGGAGGAGGCCUUAUGGAGGAGAUGAGCGCCCUGUUGGCCAGGAGGAGAAGAAUUGCAGAGAAGGGCUCAUCACCUGAACCUGACCAGAGAUCAGAGGACGGCGAUUCAAACACAACCCCUAAAAUGUCAGCCUGUAGCACACCAGAUAUGCCCAGGAAGCCAUGGGAACGAACAAACACCAUGAAUGGUAGCAAAUCUCCCGUCAUUGGAAGACGAGAGUCUCCGUGGAGAUUUCCCAUGGGAGCAGAAUCCUCCAACAGACCUAAAUCCACUCCGACACCUACUGCAUCCUUAACUGCCAACGGUGUGCCAACAGAAACUGUGGACUAUGACAGAUUGAAACAGGACAUUCUGGAUGAGAUGAGGAAGGAGUUGUCGAAGCUAAAAGAAGAGCUCAUUGAUGCAAUCAGGGAGGAGCUGGGUAAGUCCAGCACGGCAUAGAGGAUCCAAACAUGCUGUUCAGAACAUCUCCACCAACGUGACAACGGCAGAAUACAGCGAUAAGCAACAAGUGGUGGAGACGGGCCAUGAUGAUGAUGAUGAUGAUGAUGAUGAUGAUAAUCACGCGACAGAGGACUUUAUUUGGGGGUUGGAGCAGCGCUGGACAGAACAACAGUGGACAGGGUAGUGGUGGAAAGCAAAAAGCUCAUAACUCUGAUAGAUUCCACACCCCACACCCCCGUCUCACCCUGGGGGGGGGGGGGACAGUGCACGAGAGAAGCGAAAAAAAGUCUUUAUGCAAAAGAUGAUUUCUCUGUCUCUCUUUGGCCUAUAAUAACAAGAACAAACCGACACACAGGCAGAAACAAACUCUUGGAUGAUACUGUAUUAACCAUUGACGCAGAAGUGAGCGGCUGACAAUACGAACUCUUCAACGGGCGCAGUUUUAUUUAGAGAGCGUGGUGAUGUGAGGAAGAUGGAAAAAUAAAAACUCCCAUAAUGCCAUAGGGGUAGCGCGUGUGUGCGUACAUGUGAGUGUGAGUGCGGGUGUGUGUGUGUGUGUGAGUGUGUGAGUGUGUAUGGGGGACCGGCAGGUCUCCGGUGAAGUCCACCACUGCAGGACACUGUAAAGCUCGUCUUCCUAAAAUACUAUUUUAACCUGAACGUGUACAAAAGAGAGGGAAAGUUAUUUAGAGGAACCACGUGUCUGUCUCAGCGUAGAUAUAAACGGCCAUAUCAAGUAGCUCAAUAAUCCAGUCUCUCUCUCGUCUGUCUCUUCAUCUGUGGAGUCCUCGUUUGCCGCCAUGCUCGUCGUCCACGGCCACACGCGUAGAUAGAAAUGACUCCCUUCCUUGUCCGGUUCUUGAUUUCUCUCUCUCUCUGUCCGUCCGUCUGUCUGUCACACUUUUAGGUGCACGCACGGUCGUUUUCUUUCACGAGGUGGGGGUCACAAGUCUGCCACGAAAUCAUAUUUACUGUCACACCUUUUAUUACAAGCAAUAAGUGUAGCAUCUCUUUUAAGGCCCGGUUGCUCGAAUCCCACCACGCGCGUUUCACUGUUCGUCCUCUCUGGCCACAUGUGACCCGUGUGACACUGAAGGCUGACUCAUCACAACAACGACACGGAAGUCAGAAAUGAUUCUUUCUUGUUAUUUCCCCAAAAACACAAUCCAAGGAUACUGUAUCUUUAGCCACAUUUGAGCUGAAGUGAAUUUGUUUUAUUUAUGUUUCAUUUCACAGCAUUUUUUUUUUUUUAAAAAGGUGCACAGAUCAAUCCAAAUGUGUAAGAGUUGGUGUCCAUACGAGGACGUGUUUGUGCCAUUUACUGUCUUUGCCUUUCAUUUCUGCCAUUUUCUCUCAACAUGUACAUGUAGAAGUGACACUUUACUCUGAAAACACUCCUCUUUCACUGUCCAGUGCUGACUUUGUUGAGUACAAUCAACCAGAGAGGGACGCGAUGGCGACCUGUAGCUGUGUGUCAAGGUAGCAGAUAGAAGUCCAUGUCAGUUCUGUAUCCAGAUGAGAUCCAGAGCAGGGACGGCCGCACUGAUACAAUCAAACGUUGCCACUUUUUCGGCCACUUCAGUCACACGGAGCCUGCUGGACAAACUAAGUGGUUUAGUACUGAGCUUACAAGGCUACAUCACACUUUUCUAACAGUCUCUUAAAGCGAUUCUGCUGUGAUUGAAGGAUUUUUCUGCCCUCCUUCACUUCCUCACCGCUCACUGAUCAUUCUGUGGAGACUUGGUAUCUUCAUUCUCUGAUACAGUAGAGUGGGUUACGUGGAUUCAGUUGUAAAGCCCAUUUUAUACAACCGUAUACACUAUUACAAGUGCAACACUGAUCUAAUGUAGAGGUCGACCGAUGUGGGUUUUUUCCUCCAUUUCUUCAAAUAUAACAGUUUAAUGGCAGCAAAUAAUAACUUCAGUCGCAGCCAUUGAUCAGCAACAAAUGGUCUGUGUCUCCAAUCCACAUUUUAUGUCUGCAGUGCAUUUUCAAUAAAAAUUAACCUGUAAACUAUAUAUUAAAUACAUGAAAAGCCUAACAAAUAUAUUUUGUGGAUGGAAAAACUAAAUUUUAGUGACUGAGCAACAUUUCUACAAACAAAAAUGCAUACUUUAUAAUAAUUGAUUAAUAAAUAAAUAUGACUCGACCAUGCCAAUUAUUAAAAAAUAACAAAUAUUGGCCCAAGUAAUUGGUCUAGCUUUAACCUAAUGAUGGAAAUCAACUAGAAAAUGUGUUCUCCCUUUGCACUGACCUCUGUUUUUUUUUACUCUCCCAUUUUCCUCGAAGUAAAAAAAAAGUUACAGUACAUCAUCAACUUCACUAUUAACAACUUUAUCAAAUCCACUCAUUUUCAAAAUGAAGAAAAGGCACAAAUAUGGAUAUAAACUCAUAGAAAGAUAUACUGAUUGAUCAGGACAACACAAUGUAAGGUAACUAGAAGAGCCGGCUGGAGGAUAGUGUGUGGUUACUAUGGAGAUGACUGACACUAUUCAGGGAAGCAUGAUUUGAAAACGCGGGUAAACUGGGCUUAACUCGUCUUUGAAUGGAAAAGCAAGUGUAUUUUUUGGGGGGCAAAUGGCAUUAAAUGACCUACUGUGUCAGAGAGUGUAGAUGCACACGUGUACUUAUUAGGGCUGCAACUCAUGAUCAUUUUCAUCAUCUGUUCAUCUUUCCCAUUAUCUUCUCGAUUCAUUGUUUCAUUCAUAAAAUGCAGGAAAAGGCGUAAAAUAUCAAUCAUUGUUUCCCCAAACCUCAAAAAAGACAACAUCCUUUAAAGCAGUAGGGACCCACGUUUUAAAGAUGGCAAACUGUUGUGAAAAUAUCAGUCAUAACAAGAGCAAAUUAGUGCAUAAUUCUUAUAAAUUAUCAUAAAUCUGUAACACCUAAUAUAACAUUUUAAUUGGUAAACAAAUGUUUGGUAAGUUAAUUAAAACUUGAGUUUAUGCAUGUUAUUUGAAGCGCAUACAUUUUAACUCAAAGGUUUUAUCAAAAGUUUGUUUUUGGGACCCAAAAAGAAAUCUUUGUGAUCCAUCUCAGGGUCCCAACCCAUAGUUUGGAAACCGCUGCAUGAAAGAUGUUUUGUCCACAAACCAAAGAUAUUAAAUUUACUGUCGUAGAGGAGAAAAGAACAGUCAAGUAUUCACAUUUGUGAAGCUGAAAUCCGACAAAAAAAGCCGCUCAAACCGAUGAAUUGAUCACCAGAAUAUUUGUCGUUUCAGUCAGUAAUUGAUUAAUAAUCGAUUAAUUGUUCAGCCCUGCCAUGAAUGUGAAACCUGGGUUGGGUUAGCAUGGGAGGAGCUUGUACUAUGAUGUAGUCACACACCCUUAGACCCCAGAGUUGAGCUUUAAAUACACUCUGGCCUACACUUCCCAUAAUGCAUCGUGGCUCUGUCCUUUUUCACGAGACCUUCCUUGCCUCAUUCUGCAUUCCAUUUACAUCGGAACUCGGAGGUUGUUAGCUACGUGGUAUUUUGCGCACACGGACAGUGUAGCAGCAUGUCUACUGUUAAAAAUGAAACAGUACUAUGUGUACAACGGACUUACUGUGAGACAAAUACGGCAGAAGUGAUAUUAACGGUAAAAGAAGCAGUGUUUUUAUGUCGGGGGUUGGCUAGGUUGCUCCGAGUUUCCGAGCUGGAAAUUCGAGUCCAUGACAUCGUAAAAAUUCCGAGUUCCGUCUCCAAAAACAACGCAGCAUCAAUAACAGCCAUGUUUUUCAACCUCUAUACUUUUCUAAUAAAUCUGUGGACUCGCCAAUCUUAAGAUUAGCUUCAACUGUGUAAAUGACCAUCAGAGGAAUUGGCUCAUCAUUUAUCACACUGCAUAUGUUUCUAAUCUGAUAUCCUACCAUAAGGUUUGUUAAUCAGAGGCUGUCUGCUGAACAGCUGUUCAAGGGCUUGGAUGUUAUAGCUUUGUUAUUUCAGUCUUUUUUCUUUUUUUUUAAAUCCCACUCUAAGGAGAUCAGUUUUCCCCUUGGUUUCUGUCAUUUGCUCAAGGUCAUUUUAAAAGAAGUAGAAUUCACAUUCAAACCCAGUUUAUAUGUGCAGAACCUGAGUUUUUUUUUUGCAUCUGUUCCAACCGUUUUCACUCCCCGUCGAUGAAGCCGCGUCAUCUUUUCGUCCACUCCCUGUCCUCAGUGUUUACACAGCAUCGAUUGCACUUUACCAAUAAAAAAAGAACCCGCAGAGCAAACUGACGUAACUCGCAACACAGGUACUUGUAGAGCCUCUGUGGCUAAACAGUGUGGCUAUCUCACCAAAGGAUUGAAAGCGGCAGCCUCCUGCUAAACACGAUCACUCGCAACAGAGUCGCCUUCUCUUAUUUUUGUAUCAUUUUGUCCAGAAAGAUGUCCAUGUCCUCUCCCUCUAUAUUCAGUCUUUUGGACGUGAUGGCAGGUGAAAUGUUUCCGAGCUAUGUGGUCUGUGCCUUGUUCUAAAGUUGCAUUUAUAUGUUAUGGAUAUAAAGAUGACUAGUAAUAAUAUCUAGAGACUGUAAUUAUGAUCACGUACAGUUAUUGUUAUUUUGUUGUUUUUCUUUCUUUUUGUUGUUUUUCAUCGUAGUCAUUUGAUUUGAAGGGAGAAUUCGGUGACGUCGCGACUGUUCCUCACCAAGAAAACAUCUUUGCACCAAGAUCUUCUUUUUUUAACAUUUAAUGUGAUUCUGUACGGUUGUGAGGUUGCUUUUCUUACAGCUCAGAAGUACAAUCAGACCUUCGUGUCCUGAGACUUUAAUAGGGAGUAAAGAUGAUCUUUGCUGAUGAUUUUUCUAGACCAAGUCCCGAUGAGUCUGGCUGCAGUGUCCUGUGUUCCCUCAUUGCCAUGUAAAUGUCACAGAGACUGUUUUUCUGUUCAGCAGCUUAUGUUAUUUUUUUUGUCACUCUUGGAAUUCUGUGAGGAAAUCUUAUUUGGUCCUCUGCAGCGAGGUUUGCUUCAUGGAAACUUGUAUCUUUGUCCGUAAACCCAUUUUUUUCUGCUCGUGAACGUGUGAGGAGAAGAUGCAGAGAUGAAUUUGGCUGAAGCAGCUUUUCAUGAAUGGGUUUCCAGACUUUCUUUCUUUUAUCAUCCACAUUGUACCAUACUGUUCUCACGUUAAUUAGUCUUUCUUACAUGCUAACAUAUUGUUUUGUUUGAGCAAAUAAAAUAAAAAAUCGCAAUAUAA